ACAAGCCAUAAAUCCUAAACCAACCAACCAAAAUCACAUAUUUUUCCUCUCAAUUACACAACAAAAACCUAUAAAUCUUAAUUUCAUGUACUUCAUAAUACAAGAAAACAAAAUAAGUCAAUAUCAAUUUCCAUUCAGAGGACACGUUUGGCAUUCCAAAUAAAAACAAGGCCCACAUUAAAAAUCUUCAUACUUUAUAUACAAUUAUUUCCCGGUAAUCCAAACACGCCCUUAACAAAUUUUCCGCCAUUGUUAAAUCUUCUCUAUUUUCUCUCUCCUAAACCUUUGGAAUCCCUUCACAUGGGAGCUGCGACUAUCUCCGACGGCAUGGAAGUAGCUUCUCAAGCUCCAGUUAAUGGAACCUCUGAUGUUCUCUCUUCUUCUCUCUCCGUUGAUACUUCUCUUCCUCUUCCCGCCAUGAAACCUCGCGUCAUAGAAUUGUGUAAGGAUAUAUUUGAGAAAUGGUCGAAUUUGGAUGAUUCAUGCUUUGCAGUAGAUACUGUUGCUGGAGGCAUCACCAAUCUUUUGCUGAAGGUUACGGUCAAGGAGGAGGACGGCAAUGAGGUGUCCAUUACGGUUAGGUUGUAUGGGCCAAACACCGACUAUGUUGUCAAUCGGGAGAGGGAACUACUGUCUAUUAGAUACCUCUCAGCUGCAGGAUUUGGGGCCAAAUUGCUUGCGCUUUUUGAGAAUGGCAUGGUUCAAUCUUUCAUCAAUGCAAGGACACUUACUCCACCAGACAUGAGGGAUCCAAAGCUGGCAGCUAUGAUAGCUAGAGAGCUUAGGAAAUUUCAUGAAGUGGAAAUCCCUGGUUCUAAAGACUCCCAGCUGUGGAUUGACUUGUCGAAGUUCUUUGAGAAAGCAUCUAAACUCAAAUUUGAUGACAAUGAGAAGCAGGAGAAAUAUCAAACCAUCUCAUUUGAAGAAGUUCAGAAUGAGAUUAAUGAGCUUAAGGCACUAACAGACUGUCUUGAUGCUCCGGUGGUAUUUUCUCAUAAUGACCUGCUUUCUGGGAACUUAAUGUUGAACGAAGAGGAAGGGAAGCUGUACAUAAUAGACUUUGAGUAUGGCUCAUAUAACUACAGAGGUUUUGAUAUUGGAAAUCAUUUCAAUGAAUAUGCAGGCUAUGACUGCGAUUAUACCCUAUACCCUAGCAAGGAUGAGCAGUACCAUUUCUUCAGGCACUACUUGUGUCCUAAUGCACCAGAAGAGGUACCUGACUGUGAUCUAGAAGCACUUUAUGUUGAGGCAAAUGCUUUCAUGUUAGCUUCGCAUUUGUGUUGGGCAUUAUGGGCUCUAAUUCAGGCAAAGAUGUCUCCUAUCGACUUUGACUAUCUCAGUUACUUCUUCCUGCGGUACAACGAAUACAAAAAGCAGAAAGAAGAUGUCUUCUCUUCAGCAAAAUCUUACCUCAGCAAGUCUCAGUCCUAGAAUGCAGGUGCUGUAUUUUUUUUUAUGUUCUGAGUUGGUAUGGUCAGCUCAAUGUGUGCUUCAGGGAGAAGUUCCUAAGAGUUCCGUUUGCAGGUCACUCAAUAUUAAUGUAGUGCAGCAACAGAUCUCAGCUGUUAAUGUGUUUUUUGGCUAUUCUUUUCCAAAGUCGUCUUUUCUCUAUUUCCCCCCUCCUGCAUCUCUCACCCUGUUUGAAGAUGUUCUUUCUAGCCAGGUAACGAAGUGCUGAAGGUACUUUUCAAGCACCUAGAGGGUAUAUGGGGUUAUAUGCUUCGGUCUUGUACUAUGUUGUAGCACAAUAUAUACAGAGAUGAAUAAAUGUAUGUGUCUUUGGUUUUGUUGUAACAUUGGUUUGUCAUAAUAAAUAAAUAAGGCUGAUUCAUUUCUCCCCCUUGAAA